GUAGGAAACAGUAGACAGAUAAGUGCGUCUCAGAGACUGCAGGCAUCUCUGUGUGAUCUUCGGGCUCAAGGCUGCACUCAGAACAGCGAACUAUUGCCUCAUCGCUGGACAAGCAAGGAUCACUGUCUAUGACUUAUUUUUCCAUCUCGUUCAAGCCUAUUUUACCCCAUUCUUGUGCACUUUAAAGUAAUUGGAGAAGCUCGCAAAGAUGAUGUCCAUGAACAGCAAACAGCCUCACUUCGCCAUGCAUCCGAGUUUACCCGAGCACAAGUACACCACUCUGCAUUCCAGUUCGGAAGCCAUAAGGAGAGCCUGUCUGCAAACUCCACAGCUGCAGAGCAACAUAUUCGCCAGCCUGGAUGAGACCCUGUUGGCCCGUGCUGAAGCUCUGGCGGCGGUGGAUAUGGCAGUGUCCCAGGGCAAGACGCACCCGUUCAAGCCGGACGCAACUUACCACACGAUGAACACAGUGCCAUGCUCGUCGAAUUCCACCGUGCCACUGGCCCAUCACCAUCACCACCACCACCAUCACCACCACCAAAACUUGGAGCCUCCCGACCUAAUGGAUCACAUCAGCUCCCCGUCGUUGGCCUUGAUGUCCGGUGGUCACGACGGGGGCGGUGGAGGUGGCGGCGGCGGUCUGAUCUCCACCUCUGCCCACCCUCAUUCACACAUGCACGGCCUGAGCCACCUCUCCCACCAGGCUGCUAUGAACAUGAAUUCACCUCUAACCCACCACGGUCUUUUACCUGGGCACCACGGGGGUGGACAGGGCGGACCAGGACUCACAAAUAACGGACUCCCUUCUAUCAAUGACUCGGACACAGACCCCAGGGAACUAGAAGCGUUUGCGGAGCGUUUCAAGCAGAGAAGGAUCAAGCUUGGGGUGACCCAGGCGGAUGUUGGUGGUGCACUGGCUAAUCUUAAAAUACCCGGAGUGGGCUCGCUAAGCCAAAGUACCAUUUGUCGAUUCGAAUCGUUGACUCUGUCUCACAACAACAUGAUUGCGCUCAAGCCCAUUCUUCAAGCGUGGCUGGAGGAGGCCGAGGGGGCUCAGAGGGAGAAAAUGAACAAACCUGACAUUUUCAACGGAGGAGAAAAGAAACGCAAGAGGACCUCAAUAGCAGCACCCGAAAAGAGGUCUUUGGAGGCUUACUUCGCAGUGCAACCUCGCCCGUCCUCCGAGAAGAUAGCCGCUAUUGCAGAAAAGUUGGACCUUAAAAAGAACGUGGUUCGAGUAUGGUUUUGCAACCAAAGACAAAAACAGAAGCGUUUGAAAUUCUCCGCUGCCCACUGAUGGGCCAAGUUUUGAGAGACUGCAUUUUGGGGACCAAGAAUCAUAGACAUAAUUUUAGGUCUUCUUUUGUCACCAAUGUUUUUACACGUUGGUUGACAAAGACC